AGCAGCACAGGAAGAGGCCGUCCCAAGCCUUUCAAAGGAGAGUUCCGUCACAUAGGAUGUUUUUUGCAUUACUGUAAGAUUGCAUUGUUGACAUGCAAAGGAUAAAAAGUAUAUCUACACGGAUUCUGCCGUUCUGGUCAUCCGAACACUCUAAACACAGGGUGACACGCAAGGACAUGAUGGUCUACUCUUCCGGGGUAUCGAGCAAUCCCAAACUCCAGAUCUCUUCCAGAGAUACUGUGGAGUGUGAAUAUGAGAGGAAAGAGAAACAUUGGAGGGAAAGAGAAAGAGAAGUAAAGAGAGGUGGGCAAGAAGAGAGGAAGGAAAAGCAAAAGAGUGAAAGAGAAGAAAAGAAAAGAUAAAAAAAAGAAAUUACAAGAAGAUUAAAAAGGGCCCUCGGCCUGAAGGUUUUCGUCUUCGCUGACCAGGCGCAGACAUAGCCAGUAAGCUCCGUGCUGAAGGCAUAAAAGCGCCGAUGAAAGGGACGAAGAUU